CUUCUUUUUUCCUCGGCGGAGGCCAUGAUGGGAGCCUGAGUUCAGCUGGAGCGACGAAAAAAGAAAGAUGAUUCCCCGGGACGGAGCUGUCAAAGCAAUCUGUGCAUAUUUCUGAUCCUUGUAUAGUCUGUAUACAUCUGAGGUGGAGCCUGUCACUUUUUCCCCUGACCUGCGAUGUUCUUGACGCGCGCUCGGUGACAAUGUUGAAUCGCUAAGGAGGUCUUUUUUGGAUCGAAAAAAAAAACCAAAAAAAACGGAGCUAGCCAUUGUUGCUAGCUAGCGUGCUAGCCUAGCGAGCUAGCCUAGCUCCAACCGCCCCCUCCCCCCCCCCACACCCCCCGUCCGAGUGACUGGAUACGGGCUUUUUUCUGGGGGGGGCCCCCUCCUUCAGGGGUUACCGGUGAGUUCUCUUAUUCUCGCUUCGGACCGAACCCGAGGCUUAUUCUUUGGACAACUGGGUGAAUGUCGCUGGGGACUAUUUGGAAGAGCGACCGCGGGAUUGGAAAAGUCGGGCCUUCGCUGAGGAGAAGCCGAGCAAGGCCCGUCUUUAUGUUCCAGAGGAAGCCUGUCUAAUCCCAACGAGCUCGGCUGGCUAGCCCCGAGGAGGACCUCCUCCCCCUCCCCUUCCCCCCCUCCUCCCCUUUACCCCGACCUACCGAGCAGAACCACCGUCUACCACCUGACCACCAAAAAGCCUGCUUUCAUCAUUUACCCGUAAUAGACUCCUGUCAGCCGCUGCAAUGACUGCUAUUAUUAAAGAAAUUGUCAGCCGGAACAAAAGGAGAUACCAGGAGGACGGCUUCGACCUGGACCUAACAUAUAUCUACCCAAACAUCAUAGCCAUGGGCUUUCCAGCAGAGCGACUUGAAGGCGUGUACAGAAACAAUAUAGAUGAUGUAGUACGGUUUUUGGAUUCAAAGCAUAAAAACCAUUACAAAAUCUACAACCUCUGCGCAGAAAGACACUACGACGCUGCCAAAUUUAACUGCAGAGUUGCACAGUACCCUUUCGAAGACCACAACCCCCCUCAGCUGGAGCUGAUCAAGCCGUUCUGCGAAGACUUGGACCAGUGGCUCAGCGAGGACGACAAUCACGUGGCGGCCAUCCACUGUAAGGCCGGCAAGGGCCGCACCGGGGUGAUGAUCUGCGCCUAUCUCCUCCACCGCGGCAAAUUCCUGGAGGCCCAAGAGGCGCUCGACUUUUACGGCGAAGUCAGGACAAGGGACAAGAAGGGAGUGACCAUCCCGAGCCAGCGCCGCUACGUCUACUACUACAGCUACCUACUGAAGAACCAGCUGGAGUACAAGCCGGUGGCGCUGCUCUUCCACAAAAUGGUGUUCGAGACGCUGCCCAUGUUCAGCGGGGGCACCUGCAGUGAGUCACAUGCGCCACAUAUGCUCAUGUUCAACUUUUUGGAGCCGCAAACUGGGUCAUGGGCACACACACCCACACACACUUGGACGUGCACAGACAUAGUGCAUGGAGACAGUACCGUUAAAAACAGGAGUGAGCCGACCCCUCAGGGCUUCAAGAAAGGGAAUUGGCAUUGGGAUCCCCAGUUCGUUGUGUACCAGCUCAAAGUGAAGAUCCACACGUCCAACCCCACCCACACCCGGCGCGAGGACAAGCACAUGUUCUUCGAGUUCCCACAGCCGCUGCCGGUGUGCGGCGACAUCAAAGUGGAGUUCUUCCACAAGCAGAACAAGAUGAUGAAGAAGGACAAAAUGUUUCACUUCUGGGUGAACACCUUCUUCAUCCCCGGGCCAGAGGAGGGCUUGGAGAAGCUGGAGAACGGCGCGGUGAACAACGCUGAGAGCCAGCAGGGCGGCGGCCAGGUCCAACAGCAGCAGCUGCAGCCGCCGAGCAGCGCAGAGUGCAGGGACGGAGGCGUCGGCGGCGGCAGGGAUGGCGGCGACAGGGACUACCUCAUCCUGACGCUGACCAAAAAUGAUCUGGACAAGGCGAAUAAGGACAAAGCCAACCGCUACUUCUCGCCAAACUUCAAGGUGAAGUUGUAUUUCACAAAAACCGUGGAGGAGCCUUCAAAUUCAGAGGCGAGCACUUCAACAUCUGUCACGCCGGACGUCAGCGACAAUGAGCCAGACCAUUAUCGAUACUCUGACACCACUGACUCUGAUCCGGAAAAUGAACCUUUUGACGAAGAGCAGCACACACAAAUCACAAAAGUGUGAACUCUUUUAAAUAAGAAAAAAAAAUAAACAGCAAGAGAAGAAAUUAUACAGCGAGAGGAAAAAAAGGAGAAAACUUGAAUAUAAACUUAAAAGAAGAACCUUUUUGUCCCUUACCCUCCCCCCACCCCAGAUGGCAAUAGAAUAUCAUCAUGUCAAAUGCCAAUUUUAUGGGGAAAAGAUGAAUAUCCUGACCAAUAUAUUGUUUUUUUUUAAAUUUUGUUUAUUUCUUUUCCCUUUUGGCACGGCCAUCAACCACGUGCAAGGUAUUGACACUGUUGCCCGAUGGGAAAAAGGUGCUGUAGCUAUAAAAAAAAACAAAAAAAAACAAAAACAAAUGUGUUAUAUAUAUAUAUACAUAUGUAUAUGUAUAUACAUAUAUAUACAUUCAUAUAUAAAGGAUUUUUUGUGUGUGUGUGUCAAAGACAAUGGAAAGAGAGAGUACCACAAUCAGGAGAGACGGGAGUUGAAGUCAAGGACGAUCUACUCGGGACAAUGCUGCUCCUUCUCCUGUCCAAACCAAGGCCAGUGCUGCAGUCACUUUGUUUCACUCCCUCCUCCUUUUCCUCAUCUUUUACUCCCCUCCUCCUCUCAUCAUUUACUCCCCUCUUCCUCCUCCUUUACUGUGAAUGCUUCUUGUGCUCUUUGCAGGCUGUCUCACGUGACUUUUUUUGGCCUUUGUGCAGUGCAAACUGCAUGCGGGCCGUGGGUUUGGGGGGGUGGGGUGGGUUCAAGGGGUGGGGCGGGCUGGGGAGGGGUUUAUGAAGAGGCUGUGAUGAUGUCUAAAAGCAUUGCCAUUCCUGUUCCCACUGUGUAUACGUUUAAAUUAUGCAGAACAAGGCAUCCCAUGUAAUUGUUAAUGUUUUUUUAUCCUAAGAUAAUAAAAAUAUAAUACACAAAAAA